AGUGGUAUAUGAGAAGAAGCACAAACGGUGGUAGCCGAAGCUUUGAAGCACACAGAACUGAACAGUACAAAGCCCAAGAGAUUUGAAGAAGAAGGAGGAAGAAGAAGGAGAAGAAUCGUACAAAUUUUUAGUUGAAGCUAUUAGCGCCUUCAUCAGCAAAAGAUAACCCUAGGAAGAGGAAGAAAUAGUUGCAGAUGGCCAAUAUUGAUAUUGAGGGAAUUCUUAAGGAGCUUCCUAAUGAUGGGCGUAUCCCCAAAACGAAAAUUGUUUGUACUUUGGGACCUGCUUCCCGAUCGGUGCCUAUGAUCGAGAAGCUUCUUAGGGCUGGUAUGAAUGUUGCUCGUUUCAAUUUCUCUCAUGGUACACAUGAGUAUCAUCAAGAAACUUUGAACAAUCUCAGGACCGCCAUGCAGAAUACUCAAAUCCUUUGCGCCGUUAUGCUUGAUACUAAGGGACCGGAGAUUCGGACUGGUUUCCUGAAGGAUGGGAAACCAAUUCAACUGAAGGAAGGUCAAGAGGUGAUCAUAACUACGGAUUAUAGCAUCAAAGGGGAUGAGGAAAUGAUCUCGAUGAGUUAUCAGAAGCUUGCUGUGGACUUGAAGCCAGGAAAUAGUAUAUUGUGUUCAGAUGGCACAAUCACUCUCACAGUUUUGUCCUGUGAUCCAGAAGCUGGGAGGGUGAUAUGUCGUUGUGAAAACACUGCAAUGUUGGGAGAGAGAAAGAAUGUGAAUCUUCCUGGUAUAGUGGUAGAUCUUCCCACUCUGACAGAAAAGGAUAAAGAGGAUAUUCUUGGUUGGGGUGUUCCCAAUAGUAUUGAUAUGAUUGCUCUUUCAUUUGUUCGUAAGGGUUCUGAUCUAGUCACUGUCCGCAAGAUUCUUGGCCCCCAUGCCAAACAUAUAAAACUGAUGUCAAAGGUUGAGAACCAGGAGGGAGUUAUCAAUUUUGAUGAAAUUUUGCGCGAGACUGAUGCAUUCAUGGUUGCUCGAGGUGAUCUUGGAAUGGAAAUUCCAGUUGAGAAGAUUUUCUUGGCACAAAAAAUGAUGAUUUACAAGUGUAAUCUUGCUGGCAAGCCUGUGGUUACAGCUACUCAGAUGCUUGAAUCAAUGAUCAAAUCUCCACGGCCAACCCGUGCAGAAGCUACAGACGUCGCUAAUGCUGUUCUUGAUGGCACCGAUUGCGUUAUGCUUAGUGGGGAGAGUGCAGCUGGGUCUUAUCCUGAACUCGCUGUAAAGAUCAUGGCUCGUAUUUGUAUUGAAGCAGAAUCAUCCUUGGACUAUGGUGUCAUUUUCAAGGAGAUGAUAAGGUCCACCCCACUUCCAAUGAGCCCAUUGGAGAGUCUUGCAUCCUCAGCCGUUCGAACUGCUAACAAGGCAAAAGCAAAACUCAUCGUCGUGUUGACUCGUGGUGGAACCACAGCCAAGUUGGUUGCUAAGUAUAGGCCAGCUGUUCCGAUCCUCUCAGUCGUUGUUCCAGUUUUAACUACUGAUUCCUUUGAUUGGACCUGCAGCGACGAAUCCCCAGCCAGACACAGCCUGAUACACAGAGGUUUGAUUCCUAUAUUGGCUGAAGGAUCUGCUAAGGCCACUGAUGCCGAAUCCACAGAAGUGAUACUGGAAGCUGCUCUGAAAUCCGCCAUGGGGAAGGGACUGUGCAAACCUGGCGACGCCAUCGUUGCACUUCACCGAAUCGGAGCUGCCUCAGUCAUCAAGAUAUGCAUUGUGAAAUGAAUCAAAUAAACAAGCAAAUUCAGCUAGAAGUUGCUCAGGUGCAUUUCUUAUCUUUAUAUAUUUUCGCACUCAGGUCUGAAUCUAUCAUUUUGCUAUUUAAUAUAAAAGUACAGUUAUUUUUAGUAUUUCAACUAAAGAGGGUUGAACCGGUAAUUUUGAUUUCUUGUUGUGAAAGAGGGGUGGGUAUUCCCUUAAUUUUUCUUUUGGACUGCUUUAAACUAGGGGAAGUAAAGAAUGGAAUCAACUUUCAUAAGCUUUUUUUCUUGAAAUUCCCAAAAUUUUGUGCCCUAAUUUAUGUUUUGUGGAACUCAAAAUCCAUUUAUAUUCACGUGACAUCAGAAACAGAUCAUUUGGAUGGA